CUAAUAUUUAUGGUUAUGUCGAUAUAACAAAUUCCACUCACUCUUCAAGUACAUAUAAUAGUGUUGGUGCUGGACGGCAAAUUAUAUCAUGCGGAAUUCGGUUUAUACACUCCCAAUGUGAAUUGCACAGUUUUUGUUUCUUCUGACUAAGUUGCCAUAAAUUUAACUCGCCAAUUUCUACGAUUUUUGCUGCUAAAACGUCACAGUUUAUUUUUGAUCAAGAAGAAGCAAGAAAAACGACAAACAGCCAUGAAUUGGGGUGGCGCAGCAGACGUUUCUGAAGAGCUUGACGAAAUUGUCCUCAAGCGUGAAAUGAGCCAGUUCAUCCUGGUGCAGCUGGACCCUGCAGAACUUCGAACAAUUGGCAACAAGUUCUACAGCAACGGCGACUACUGGAACGCAAUCUCUGCGUACACCAAGAGUUUGGCCCGAGCACCUGCCAGCAGCGAACUGCGCGGCCUGGCCUACGCCAACAGGAGCGCCGUCCUGCUCGCCCUGGGCUAUUAUGAAGAGUGCAUCAGCGACGCUAAAAUCGCCCUGGAGAACAACUACCCUGAGAAUUUGGCCCACAAACUGCACACAAGGAUGGCUGUAGCGUACAAAGCUUUAGGGAUGGAAGUUGAGGCUGAGGAGAAAUUGCAGAUUGCUGUGAAGUGGGUUGAAGCACUUGGAGCGAAACCUAGUGUGGAAGAAGCGGCCAUCAAAGAAAUUGUUGACCAACUGAAAGACCAACGCACACCUAAAUUGCCUUCAAUUAGAGUGAAAUACAAUGAGCCUCCACAGCAAAGCUAUGGCGCAAAUCCUGAGGAUCCUAAAUUGUCUGCUGCUCUCACUGUUUCUGCAGAUGGAAAAACUAUUAAAGCCAACAGAGACAUCAAACUUGGUGAUGUGCUCCUUGUUGAAGAACCAUUGCUCUAUGAGCCAACUUGUGUGGUCAAAGAGGGUGAAGCCUGCUGGAUUUACUGCAGUGAAUGCUUCAAAAUGUGCCUUAAUCUUCAACCCUGCCCAUAUUGUUCCUGGGCCUGUUACUGCAGUGAUGAAUGCGCCUCCACAGCUUGGGAAAAGUUUCACAAGAAUGAAUGCUUUCCCAAACAGAAGACCCUGGAGGCAAUGAUAAAGAAUAAUGACAACACAGUCCCUGUCUCCUUCCGCAGCAUCAAUUUGGUCUGCAAACUAAUCUCUGUUCUUGGCCUGGAAAACUGCAUUAAUGCUGCUGCAGAUGACAAGAUGCUGGCUUGUGCUCCAGAGCAAAUCAAAAGUAUUUUUAAUAUGGACCUAUUUCAAUUAAGUCCAAAUGUCGUCAGCAAUUCUGACAUGAAAGCAAUUGAAGUGGUGCUAGAUGCCUUCGAAGUCGCUGGCGACUCUAAGGACAAACUGCUUUGCUUUUUGGUCAAAAUUCUGAGAAUUGUUCUCGGAAAUAUGAAAGAUAAUUUCACCGCCAAAGGCUUGCACAUUGACGGACAGUUCCUCUUUGGGCAGUACGAUAUUGGCAUGGGCGUUUAUCCUAGGGUUGCCACCAUUAAUGGAAGCUGCGAACCCAAUACCCACUGCUGCUUCUACCAGAAAACUCUGGUCCUUCAUGCAGCUAGGCCCAUCAAGGAAGGAGAGGAAAUUUUCCAAUUCAUGGGCCUGAACUACUUUAACCAUAAUCUCCAGGAGAGGCGCGAAUUCUGGCAAAUUUUUACCCACGAAUGCCACUGUGACGCCUGUACCGGAGACUGGCCCUUGGUCAAGGAUUUGGUCCCCUGUCACAAGUUUGUCUCUGAAAAUCCACUCUACGAACCACUGAGGAAGCAGUUUGAGGCGCACUGCUCCGAAGGAAUGAUGACACAACUGUCGGAGCUCACUCCAGAGAACUUCCUGUUGUGCAGCAAGAUUCAGGAGCUUUAUGGAAAUAAAAGAAGAGAUGAUCUGCAAUACAAGCUAACAAGUGACUUUGUUAGGAAUUACCUCUCUUCUCUCACGAAGAAAUUUGAGGUCACCUUUAAUGAACGUUCCAAGGAAAAUCUUGAUCACUACAUUCCUGCAACUGGUAUCAGGCUAGCCUACAUGAUUUUGCUCAGCAGAUAGAUUUUCUCAAAAUAUUUUCCAACUAGAAUUAUAUAACUAUACUGUUGAAAAUAAUGGAUUAUUUUCCAUUAUAUUGAUUUAGAUUUUCCAGGCUACCUUUUGUAAUAGGAAAAUGUUUAAAUUCUAGAACAAGCGAAAAUAAAAAUUGAA